GGACUUUUUUGGGGGGGAAUCCACUUCCACUUCGCCUUCUCACCUCACCUCUCACGAUGCCAGCCUACUGAACUUUUACCUCCUUCAACAUUCUCUUUCAUCUUGCUUCACCCGCCACCCCCAAGCAAUUUCAAAUUUCGCUCACGGCCGAGCCAUCCCCGCCUCAUCGACAACGUGUCUUUCGAUUCCUACUCUCGUUAGAUUCUACCUCCGUCGCGGAAAGUCCAUUAGAGGCUGAUCCGCCAUGGCCGAGGUCGAGACUAAACGCCACCUAGGCGAGCCGUCUCCGAGCCCCGUCGCGCUCCCUCGCUCUCCCCGUCGCGACGACCGCGCCCGACCCCGAGAUGGCGCCGAUAAAUACAGACCUCCGCGCGAUCGCCGAGCCGAGCCUCCGCGUCGACGAUCGCCGCCUCGUCAGCGCACGCCUCCCAAGCUGCCCACCGAGGAGGAGAAGCAGGCCGCGGCCAAGGCCGAGUACGAGAAGCUCCUGACCAUGCGGUCUGGAGGCACCUACAUACCUCCCGCCCGCCUCCGCGCCUUGCAGGCUCAGAUUACCGACAAGACAAGCAAAGAGUACCAGCGCAUGGCUUGGGAGGCCCUCAAGAAGAGCAUUAACGGUCUCAUCAACAAGGUCAAUGUCUCCAAUAUCAAACACAUCGUCCCCGAAUUAUUUCAGGAGAACUUAAUCCGAGGCCGCGGUCUAUUCUGCCGCAGCAUCAUGAAGGCCCAGGCCGCGAGUUUGCCCUUCACUCCCGUCCUUGCCGCCAUGGCGGCCAUCGUCAACACGAAGCUGCCGCACGUCGGCGAGCUGCUAGUCAAGAGGCUAGUCGUCCAGUUUAGAAAGGCAUUCAAGCGAAAUGAUAAGGCCGUUUGCUUAUCUUCCACCAUGUUCGCCGCGCACUUGGUAAACCAGCAAGUCGUCCACGAGAUGUUGGUUGCGCAGAUUUUGAUGCUCCUGUUGCAGAAGCCGACAGACGACAGUGUCGAGAUUGCGGUAGGCCUGACCAAGGAGGUCGGCCAACACCUCGAGGAAAUGAACCCCGCCAUUUCCAACAUUGUAUUCGAUCAAUUCAGGAAUAUCCUACAUGAGGCAGACAUCGACAAGCGGGUGCAGUACAUGAUUGAGGUUCUGUUCCAGGUGCGAAAGGAUAAGUUCAAGGACAACCCAGCGAUCAAGGAGGAGUUGGAUUUGAUCGAGGAGGAAGAUCAGAUCACCCAUCAGAUCAACCUAGACGACAACCACGACGUCCAGGACGGCCUGAACAUCUUCAAAUUCGACCCGGAAUGGGAAGAGAACGAGGAUGCAUACAAGAAAUUGAGAGCGGAAAUUUUGGGAGAGGAUAGCGACGACGACGGCGAGGAGGAAGACGGAGACGAGAGCUCGGAGGAAGAGGACGAGGAGGAGAAGGCGAUGGAGAUCAAGGACCAGUCCAAUACCGACCUAGUCAACCUCCGCAAGACCAUAUACCUCACCAUCAUGAGCAGCAUGGACCCGGAAGAGUGUGUUCAUAAGCUGAUGAAAGUCAACCUACCGGUCGGCCAAGAGCCCGAGCUGCCGUCCAUGAUUGUCGAGUGUUGUUCCCAAGAGAAGACGUAUUCGAAGUUCUUCGGUUUGAUUGGAGAAAGGUUCGCAAAGAUCAAUCGGAUGUGGUGCGAUCUCUUCACCACCAGCUUCGAAAAGUAUUACGAAACGAUUCACCGAUACGAGACCAACCGGCUUCGAAACAUCGCCAGGUUCUUCGGCCACAUGUUUGGUUCAGACGCUAUCGGCUGGCACGCCAUGUCUGUUAUACACCUGAACGAGGAGGAAACGACGUCCGCGAGCAGAAUCUUCAUCAAAAUCCUAUUCCAGGAGAUAUCCGAAGAGCUCGGCAUGCCGAAGCUGCAAGCGCGUAUGAAGGAGGAGGAGCUCCAGUCUAGCCUUGCGGGCCUCUUCCCCCGGGACAAUGCGCGCAACGUACGAUUCUCGAUCAAUUAUUUUACGAGUAUCGGGAUGGGCGCUCUGACGGAGGCGAUGAGAGAAUACCUGGCAAAUAUGCCGAAACCCACUCUCCCUGCACCACCUGCUGCCGAGGAUUCCGAUUCGGACUCGGUAUCCAGUUACUCGUCGUACACCGGCUCGUCGUACUCGUCGCGCUCGCGAUCCCGCACACCGCCGCGAAGGGCCGUCGAAAGGGGCCGCUCGCUGUCAAGGACGCCACAGAAACGAAGGUCACCUUCAUAUAGUCGAAGUCGGUCCCGCUCUCCUUCCCAAUCGCGCUCGCGCUCGCGCCCACGCGCCUACAGCUCAUCCCGAAGCCCACCGCGCCAGAUGAAGAGGAAGCGCAACUAUUCUCCCAGCCCGCCGCGUGACCGGCGGGACUCUAGUCAGUCGCGGUACAGGUCACGGAGCCCCCGACCUACACGAGGCGCCGGCGGACCUCGCUCGUACGGCCGCGACCGCGGCUCGACACGGUCCCGCUCUUACACGCCGUCACGAAGUCGCAGCCCGCCGCCUCGCCGCGCACCAGCGAGACGAGAUUCAUAUUCAGCUAGUCCCCCUCCUCGUAAGGCGCGCCGCGCUAGCUUCUCGCGAUCCCGGACCCGGUCUCCUUCUCCCCCCCUAGCGCGUGGACGUGGUGGCCCGCGAAGGUCACCGUCGCCGCCGCCUGCCAGACGACGCGGGAAUACGAGCUCCGUCAGCAGCACCCCCCGAAAGCGGCCUAGGUACGACGAGAGCCGCUCGCCGAGUCCGGUCAGCGUCAAGAGGAGGCGGUACGGUUACAGCUCUAGCAGAUCAAGGUCGAGGUCGAGGUCGAGGUCGCGAUCGAGGUCGCCGCCACCGCGUGCAAGGCGGGAUAGCAGAGGUUAGGGGCCUCCGUCGAGUCACGGGACCCCACAUCCAACCGAUUGCUCAUCGCGGGGGUGUAUCGAAUACAGGCACAACAGGGGCGUAUCAACAGGCUCGGG